GUUCGUGUGCGACAUUUGACCGGGAAAGUGUUUUUUUUUUUUUUGCGUUGGCAAAGUGAAGAAGAAGAUUGAGUUUGUUUGAUAAGUUUGAAAAUCGGUAGAAAUCUGGAAUAAUAUGGGCUGCGGGUACCGUUUUACCCUGUUGGCCCUUUGCCUUGUUGGCUUGUGCGUUGCAGAUGAUGCUCCCCCGGUCAAGGCGAGCACGGCGACAUGGGCUGAUAAGCUGAAAAAGGAUCUGUUGCUGAAUUACGAUCGCAAUCUCCGGCCAACGCAGUACUACAAUGUGACCAACAUCGAGGUUAACAUGGAAAUCAGACACGUCGACAUUGACGAGGACAAUUCAAUCUUCACCGUCAGCGGUUGGCUUAAAAUGCACUGGCAGGACCUUCGCCUCAAGUGGGAACCAUCCGACUACGGUGGCCUUCGAUCGUUCUACAUCCCAAGCUACUACCUGUGGGAUCCGGAAGUCAACAUGCACUCGAUCACGCUGGAAACGGCCGGCUCGCGAUACGCCGGUAUCAGCGAUGUCCGGGUCGAGAGUUCCGGAAUGCUCCAUUGCACGGUGCGAUUAUCGCAGAAGAUCUUCUGUGAGAUGAACUUCCAGCGUUGGCCGUUUGAUACGCAGUUUUGUAACGUUUUGUUGGGGAAGUCGGUGUCGACGCACGAGGAUCGAGCGCUGAAGCUGAACGGGUUGGGGCAGGACAGGAAGCAGUUCCGACCGAUCACUGAUAAUCCGGCUUGGGAGGUUACGGAUAUUUUGGUGGAGAGUUAUGAGGAUCCGAUGGAGGAGGAAGGGCAUAACUUUGAGGGAUUGCAGUAUGGGUUGGUGAUCAAGCGGAAGGUUAGGAUAUUUUAUAGCACGAUCUUGACCCCAGCGGUGAUCUUCAUUUUGAUGACCUUGACCAGCUUUUGGUUGCCUCCGGGUGCUAACGAGAAGGUUUUGUUGAACUGCGUCACGGCGACGUUGCUGUGCAUAUUUUUGCGGUAUUUCACCAUUCAUCUUCCGCUUUUGGCUACCAGGACUCCACUAGUUGUUUUGUUUUUCAGUCACAGUCUGUACCUAACAGCGAUCAGCCUGAUCUUGUCGGUUGUAGUUAUCAACAUAGCUAAGUCCAGGCACCGCACACCGAUUCAUCCCUACUUAAAGUCAUUCAUUGCACUGCCAGGAGUUAGUAUUCUGGUUUGGACUGGAAGUACUCCAAAGUCCGUAACCGACGAGGAAGAGUGGACGGACGAGCUCAAGGUCGGAUCUACAGCGCGGGAAUCAUGUUCUUCCGCCGACGAGGCAUCCCAGGGACAGGGCGCCGAUGUCCAGCACGAGUGGAUCCAGCUCACGGUGGCCCUGGAACGAAUCUUCUUCAUCGCUUACGUGUUCAUCUACAGUGUCAUGGCCGCAUGUUACUUAAAUUGAUUUGAGCAAUAAAUUAGAUUGGCUUAGAAAUUGCGCGUUAUUUGAUCAUCUGAGUUCCUUAGGAGAUCUCGGUGUGA